AUGAACACCUUCUACUCGCCGACCUUUACGUUCGAAUUCCCCUUCGACGGUAGCCACGCUGGCCCUAGUACGACCGCACCUUAUGGCUGGCCACAGUUAGGGGUAGACGAACAUGUCAACCCGCCGUGCGACGAGGUGUUGACGAAGAAGGUCGCACAUAAUCAACACUAUUUGCGCGAAAUAGAGAGCCAGUGGAACCUCCCGAUUCCAUGGUCGAACUCGAUUGGGGUAAACCCCAAGGAUAUCUUCGGCCUCGCGCCGCCCAGCGUGCCGCUGCCUGAGGACGAUAUCGAAAACCACCCCCCAGCCCCGAAGCGCAGGAAGACAAAGGUUUGGGAAGACGAGGACUACAUCGACGACGCAUUCCCGCCCGUCGACUACUACGUCGCUCCCCCCACCCCUUCGUCCGCCUCAACCUCACAACUACCCGCGUCGCAAAAGUCGCGCGGCAAGCGGCCUCGCUCCGCUCCCGAGUCCGAGGACGCCGACUCUACCUACACCCCCGCCGCGCACACCGCCCCCUCGGACGACCGCGCCAUUCCCGGCCUGCGCCACGUGCGGUGCCGCUGGAACGGCUGCAAGGAGCUCAUCGAGCGCGUCCACUGGCAGGCGCAUAUGGACAGUGCGCACCGGUUGCGCACCCAAGGCCCCGGGCACGCAGGGCGGUGGCACUGCCAAUUUACGGGGUGCCGCUCGGACACGGGGAGCCAUGCGAGCAUGGUGCGGCACCUGAAGACGAAGCACUUCUUGAAGCGGGUGCAUGUGUGUGAGUCGUGCGGGGACGCGUUCUCGAGGAGCGAUUCGCGGAACCGGCAUGUGGAGAAGAAGUCGUGUGGGGCGGCGAAGGGGAAGCGGCGGGACUUGGAUGGCUGA